AUGUCCAUGGUCACAAUUGGUUUGAGAAAAAAAAAAGAUGAUAUAUCAAAAGUAUUACGUGCUCAUAAUCGUUUACUAUCCACAUUAUGUCAAUCAUCUCAUCGUUUUAUUGAAAACGCUAAAGAAAUUUUUAAUACUUAUGAACCAAUCAGUGUUGAAACAUUUACUUCUGAAUAUCGUCGUAUGCUUUCAUUCAUAGUGAGUUCAUUUAAUGUUAAUCAAUUAUUACAUAUUUUCAGAACUAAUUGGCUCAUUGAUUUUACUGAUGAAAAUGAACACUAUUUAUUAAAAACAUUUCCAAAAAAUUUUUCAUCAUCAAAUUGUAGUUGUGCAAUAUCAUCAAGUUGUAAUGAACCAUUGACAGAUGAUAUUGUUUAG